CAAGCAGUUUUACACUGCAAGCAGAGCCAGCACUGUCCAUGGCUAUGGCAUUUCCCCUCAUGAUACGCGCACUGUUGUUCUUCUUUCUGCCAGCGACCAUGUUAGCUGCUCCUUCCCUCCAGAGAAAUAAUGACACCGACCUAGCUACGCUGCUAGCCUUCAAAGCCCGGCUCUCCGAUCCUCUUGGCAUUCUUGGGGGGAACUGGACAAGCGGCACAUCCUUCCGCAACUGGGUUGGUGUCUCUUGCAGCCGGCGUCGGCAGCGCGUCACCGCUCUUAUGUUGCCAGGCAUACCGCUCCAAGGGCCGGUCUCCCCGUAUCUUGAGCUUGCGUACAUGGGGAAGGUUUCACGUAAGAGUGACGUGUUCAGCUUUGGGAUCAUGCUGCUCGAAGUCUUCACUGGGAAGAGGCCCUCUAAUGCAAUGUUUGUUGGAGAGUCCAACCUUGGGCAUUGGGUUUCAGAAGCAUUUCCAGUAAGGCUCACUGAUAUUGUUGAUGAGAAGCUGCUGUUAGGUGAAGAGAUAAGUACUCGCGGCUUCCAUGACCAAACCAAUAUCACUUCAUCGGCGUCGCCUUCUACUGCCUGCAACUCCAACUUUUUUGUGCCGACAUUUGAGCUGGGUCUGGAGUGUUCAAGUGAAUCUCCUGACCAGAGGGCAAGCAUGAGUGAGAUAGUUGUGAGGCUGAAGAACAUCAUCAAGGAUUACUCUGCAUCCGUGAUGGCGGCUCAAAGGGCUGAGGGCUGAGUAGUGUUGAUCGACAUGGUAAUGUGUUCGGUUCUGUAGUUCUUUUCCAUGAAAACUCAAGCAUGAGGGUGGUGCUGCACUGCUGCUAAAUUUUCGGUUUAUUAUCAGUCACACCUAACACAAGCAGAUGUAAAAUGAUGGUCAUCUGAACCUGCAAUGUCAGCAUCUAGACUUACAGUAACAUGUUGUGACUGGUGCAUUGGUGUUUCUAAAAGCUGAUCGUAGAUGCAAAUUCUUCGAGGUAUCAUCAGGUCUGGAAAUGGAUUUGUGAAUUUGUAAGAGUAAAAUGCACCGCAGGUCUUAUAACUAUUGGAAGUGUGUCAAGUGAGUUCUGAUUCUUUAAAA